GGGGCACCUUCAGACGUGAUAGAGACAGUGAUGUUAAACUCUCUUUUCUUCAACAUUUGUUACUUACAUUUAUCCAGCUGAAGGUGUGGAGGUGGUAGAAGAAGAAGUGGCGUGCAUCCCUGUCACCAGGUGUUUUUGUGUGUUUCUGACCACCAGAGACAUUAUGGAGAUGACUGACAGCUGUAACCAGAAGCAUGAGAGAAAUGGAGAUAUAUCAUCUUCAGAUGAUGACUCACUGAGCCUGUUGCGUGACCUUAAUGUGUGUGAAAGCAGAGGGACAACAGAGGACACAGAGAGAAAGGAUUCAGGUUCACAGGUUGAAAACAAAGAGCAGAAAGUGGAGAUGGAGAUAAAAUCAGUGAAACCACCUCAGGGAGGGACGUCCAGCUGUGUCCAGUCUGCUUCAGGCCAUGCUGAGUCUACAUCUCAGUCAGCAAAUGUCUCAAAAUGUGUGAAAAUCCCCAACAAGAAACAUCUUCACAAGAGAAAUGCAAAAGGCGAGACUGCGCUGCACAAAGCAACCAAGAGGAAAGACCUGGAACAAGUCAGAGCGCUCAUUCAGGCUGGGAUCAGCGUCAACAUGGAGGAUUAUGCAGGCUGGACAGCUCUGCACGAGGCUUCAGCUGUAGGUGAUAAGGCAGUGGUAGAGGAGCUGCUGAAGGCUGGAGCUAAUGUUAAUGCCAGGAACUUUGACGGUGUCACCCCCCUACAUGAUGCUGUUUCCUCUAGACACUAUCAGGUGGUGAAGCUUCUCCUCCAGUGUGGGUCAAACGUCAGGGACAGGACUGUCGGUGGCCUCAGUGCACUGGACCUGGCAGAGGAGAAGGAUAUCAAAGAGCUGCUCUUAACUUUCCAAACAUCUCCUGUCACACACAAGCAGCCUGGUGACGCACCUGUACAGUACAGACAACCAGGUCUGAAUACAGGACUUUCAGACGCCACAUCCUCAGAGGCUCAGGGCCACAUGCAGUUCUCCUGCCAGAGCAGCUUCAGUCUCAGCCGCACUGACGAUGUACGAUCCAGGGAGUCAGGUGACGGAGACGGAGCCAGAGAGCCCGGUGACAUUCAGCUGAGGAAAAAACACACCAUCAGUGAUAAACUCAGACAUUCGGAAGCUGUAACAGUGGCUUUGGAGGAGGUGGUGAGGAACCAGACAGACAUGUUGACGUGGCCUCUGACUGGUCUGCAGGAUGCAGGCAGGUAUCAUGAUGCUCUAACACAGAUCCAGAGUGUACUGGCUGAGGUGCUCACCAGACAGCAUCUGGAGAAGGAUCAUCUUUCCCAAACAUACCGGACUGUGUCUGACUCCCUUCGGCGACAUGUGUUGAGAAGUCAGCUCGUGUCUCUAGCUUCAUGUCAGAGGAACUUAGUGGAAAUCCUCCAGAAACAAAUGCAUUUGGUGGAGGUGUAUGUAUCUGUGAAGGCCAAACUGUCCAGUCAGCCUUCCAAGCAUGGAAGCAGUGCAGCAGUGAGACAGCAGCCACAUAACUUCUCCAGACCGGCCUCCUCUAAACCUGGGGAAGAACACAGCCGUAAUAAAGACAGGCGUAGAAAGAAAAGGCGUAGACCGGUGACACCAUUAAGAUCGCCACCUCCAAACAAUGCCAAGGACAGCUGCAGCACCUCACAACCAGGAAAUACUGUACACAGGAAACACAUCAACUUUCAGAUGAAAGGAAAGAAUGCACUGAUACAGACACAAGCUGAAGACAACAGCUUACACCUCUGUAAGCUCAUACAGAGGGGAGUCCUGCUGCCUGGAAGUGCUCUACAGCUGCUGCUGAAGGGUCACUGGCAUCGUGCUCAUGUACUGAGUGAUGGCUCGAUAAAGGACAGUAAAGGGAAGCUGCACCUGGCUCCAGAGCGCUGGCUGGAGUCGAUCCUUGGUAACAACAUCCCAGUGAGCUCAGCGUACGCCUGGGACAAGGUGACGUUCAGAGACCAGCCCCUGUCUCAUUACUUAUUGAACAUGGAGGCUGAAGGAAACUCAACACAGACGAACCCUAAGGACGAUGAUCAGCACUGCAGGGCUGCUUCUCCUCAGAACACACUGACUACAGAGGCAGCAAUAAACCGUCUAAUGAAAAUCAGGAUCAUCCAUCUGGUGGACGACAAGGAGCUACUACCAACUUCUUUGAUGGACUGCUACUGGGAAAUUCUGAUAAAGAAAGACUGUUCAGAGUUUGAAGACUGGGCCAGUGAAUUAAUUUAACAUUUUGUUGAUAACUGUGUUUGUAUCGACAGUUUAACUUGGUGAGUUUCACUCAGUUUUCUGACCCAUUUAGUUUCGACUUGUGUUAAACAGAAGGUGGAAAAAUGUGAGAAUUUAGAGUUCAUGAUGUGUUUGUCUUUUGUUUAUUUACAUGUUAAGUUUCAUGUUGCAACUGUUUAUGUCAGAUUAACUCAAUGUGAAGGUACUGUAGACUGUAGUUCUAAACACUGCUCUCAAUGUUUCCAUGUUCUGAGUCUACAUGUAAGAUUGUUAAAUGUCAUAUUUCAGCUGCUUCCAGCUUUGAAACAAAUAAAAUAAAGAUG